AUGCCACGGUUCAAGAUUUUCCUUAUACAGGGUCGGGUAGAUGUUACUAUAUGUAGCAUAGAUCUACAUAAAGGAGCUCUUCAGGGACUUAUGAAUGAGGACAAAGGCUACUUGCACCACUCGGAUGCCACGUCCGAUACUGCCAACCAACAGUCGAGAGAAAAGAGCCAACCAACAGCCGAGGGUCAAGAACUAGAUACAGUUGGGGUGUUGGCUGUGCCCAGGAAAGUCGAUAUCACUCCCCUCUUAAACUCCCCAAGUCCAUCUUUGGGCAUCUACUUCAAAGACAAGGUCAUUCUGGUAACAGGGGCUUACGGCGAGGGGCUCAGUGCCAACGCAGCCAUAAAGUACGCGGCGCUCGGCGCCAACCCGCUCAUCCUCGGCACCCGCACGACAGAAAAGGAAGAGCUGGCCAAGUCUGCUAUCAUACAGCGGGCAAGAUGA